AUGGUGAAAAAGGCAAUCCAAAAGGCUAUGAAGAAUCUCAAGGGAACCGAAACCGGAUCCACCUUUUCUUCCCUCAACAAGGACGAUGAGACAUUUUCCGUUAGCAGGUUGAGAGAAGUUGAAGCAAUCACUCUCGCAGUGUUUGAGUCACUUCUUUCCUUCAUCUCCGGGCCAAAAUCACAACCAAGCAAAUGGUCAGUGGUCAAGAUGAUGCAGCCAAAUAAAUUGUCUUGUGAGGAAGCAACAGAAACAAAUGAAUUUGCAGAGGUGGAUGCUGCAUUGAACUCGCUCAUUGGACACACGACAAGCAAACCAGAUCUCAAAAGUGCCGAUAAUAUUAAUGUCCACAAUCAACUUGACACACUGGAGUCAUGCAUUCAAGAUCAGGAAGAAGGUGUUGAGUGCCUUUUUAGGCAAUUAAUCAAAACAAGAGUCUCACGCCUCAACAUCCUAAAGCACUAG